AUGAGGCCGCUAGAUGACGACGAACAAAAACGGCUGUCGGCGCAAUAUCCGAAGUGGAGUGCCGUAAUUCAGGAUUCCGGACCCGCCACCUAUUGUAUUGAGGUCGAGGGCCAGGCUAUUCGUGAAGAAACUGGAAGCUUCUGGCGACGGCCAAGGUUUCUCAAAGGUCUUGGUAUUGCCUGCGCUGUGGGUUUGAGUGGUGCGGUGAUAGCAGGAGCGGUGUUCCACCUCUAUAGAGCACGAGCCGACAGUUUGACACCCCCAGAACUGCCGAGUAUUCUCGAUCCUCUUUCGGUCUCUACCUACACUCCGUCUGAAAGGCCAAUGCCCAGCUCUACUCCGUCUGAGGGCCAAAUGCCCAGCUCUACUCCUUCUGAUGGCCAAAUGCCCAGCUCUACUCCUUCUGAGGGUCAAAUGCCCAGCUCUACUCCGUCUCAGGGCCAAAUGCCCAGCUCUACUCCGUCUGAGGGGCCAAUGCCCAGCUUUACUACGUCGAGGGGACUGAUUUACAGCGAGACUCGAAGCGAGGCCCCGAUGACGACAUAUACUCCGAUUACUGAGGCCACGACGCACAACUACACAUCGUGGUACGAUGCGCAAUUCUCUCGCUUGUCAGAUGUCGAACGGUACAAGUAUGCGGUGUCUUGCGAUUGUGAGGCUUGGUCCGAGUCGGACUUGGUCGUGAACUGCAAACCCGUGGCGAUCGAGUCCAGGGCUGGCAACAUAGCGAUGUCUGCACACGAGUUGGCGUUGCUGAGAAUACCCUCUGACACUUGCAAGGGCAUAUACGAUAACAACAAGAACGCUUCAAUGGUGGACGCCACUGCGGAUGCCUGGAAGACGUUGGAUUGGUCCGGCUGUGACUUGGGUGGCAAGGUGGUUUGCGUCGAUGACCGCGGCGAGGACCUGAGUUGUCAUUACUUCAAUCAUCCGUUCAAGCACGACUUCCCGAGGGUCUGGGAGGCGGUCAUCCGUCACCUGAAACCCGCCCGUUGCCUCCUCACAAACAACGCAGACCUAGACGUGCGGUACAUCCGUAACCUGGCCCGUGGACGGGCUGCCGCCAAGUACAUAACUGCCGACAUUGGCGGCAUCUCCGACGAAAGCCUAAACGCCCUAGGAUUGACACUUGACUGGUAUUAUGGGACCGCAGCUUGUUCCGGCACUUACAACGAUUGUCAACUACCCGACUGUGGAUGCGUCGAAGGUCGAUUCAGCGCCGAGGCGGUGGACCCGUCCGGGAAGGACGUGGUCUGGGGCUAUGUUACUGACUUCUUUACCACUGCUGAGGAAAUGAAAGGGAAUUACUCUUUAUUUCAAACACCAGGCUACUCCCCAAAGUUUUGUAAAUUUGAGUGCUUUAAUCCCGAUCCGGAAACGCUCGAAGGUUACGGGAACAGGGUUGCAGAAGAAUACAGGAUCAAUAUUGGAGACCGCCAGGCACGAAAACAUAACUGUUGGUCAAAUGUGACCGCCUGA